UGGAACAGUCACUGGGUUUCCGGGUCCUUCGGGGUUGAACUUGAACAUUUCGAGGUCUGCAAAUAAUCCAGCAAAUUAAGGGGGCUCAACGAACAUAAUUCAUUUGCGAGGGUCAUUUCCCUCGGUCUCCUUCUUGGGAAUCAGUUUGAAGAAAUGAACCGGAGAAGUGAAGUGUUUAUUUGAGCUCUAAGCAAAUCUUUCAUCGAAUACUACAUUGAACAACUCCGUGGAUCAUGCAAGAAAAACUUCUAGUAGUACCACCACGUCGACUGGUCUGGCAUUGAAUCUAGACCAGGCGUGUCUGAAUGUUCUGAAUCAGCAGUUGAUGCAGCAACAACUGGUGGGAUCUUCUUCAGCAUCUAAUAUCACUCCACCGAACUACAUUGCUAACAUCGCAAACAUGAACGGCACAAUCAACAUGAGUCAACAAAGAACUUCUAGUUGUACUUCUUCUCUCAUCAGCUACAGCACAAAUGAUAAGCAACUUGUUCUUCCGGGCGGCGGUCUUCAACAACUUGGGCGUCCUCAACAACAAGGGGGUCUAAGCUCGACAUCUCUAGACGAACUUCUUCGUGUCCACGAUCCAAUUGGGCCCUUGGAUUCCAGAGGGACGAUGAAGAUUUCUAACGUUAGUAACCGUGAAGUUGAGGACAUUGCCACCAACAAGAUUGUCGCCGGCGACGAGAUUGUCUCUCAGCAAACUACUAGUAGAAAGAGUAAACCAGGAAGAGGACGGAAAAAUUGUCGAGGAGAAAACGGGGGCGGUGGAGACCAAAAUUCAAAUUCUGGUUCUGCUGUAGCAGGAUCGUCCGGAUCCUCCUCUACUACCCAUGUUUUUUUUAGUAAUCAGCAGCGUCAACAACAACAUCCUCGAGGAGAACAUCAUCAUCAUCAGCAAGGUUCUUUGGAGCACCCGUAUCGACAAGGAAGCGACUCCCUUUCGUGGCGCUCCUCUGGUCCAUCGCGCGAUGAGAUGGUCAACAGAGGGUCGCAUAAUCUGCGCCAAACUCGCGAAAAUAGUGAUUCGUGCAUGCUUGAUGAUAGGGAUAGCCGUGGUCGAUUUGAUAGGCACGUCAACACAGUUGAACUUGAAGCUCGGACGACUACGUACAGGAAGUCGAGGAAGAUGGUUAACAAGAUGGCGGACAAUACUAGAAAUCAUAUUGCACGAGAAGGUGAAGAAAGUUCUAGUAGUUCAUCUACUUCUUAUCUGCAGCAAGACAUGAGCCGAGGAGGUGGAAAAAACUCGCAAGGGAAAAGCUCGCAAACUGCAUCUGGACCAGUCUCCCAUCAUUUAUUUCCACCCGGUGAAACGAAUACUAAAGGAAGCAGGACGAGCAACUAUGGUUCUGCAGUUGAGUUUCAGUACAACGGGAGGAUGCCCUCCGCAAAAGGCGGAAAAUCUCUGCCGUUUUCUGACUCCAUCUUGGAGGAAGAGGUUCCCGUAGGGGGGUGGACGAGCGCGGAUUCGGGGUCUUCUGUCUCACAGCCGCGACAUCAACGUCGAGCUGACGUUUCUGGUGCACCGGAGCCUGCUUAUCAUGAUAAGGAUACCUCCUUUAUUCUUUGCGAUAAUUCGAGAAGAAUACCGCGAGUAGGGUCCGCGUCCUCGUCGUCGGGGUCGUUCGGCUCCAACAGGUCUCUCCCUGUGGAUGAUGCCAGAAACGACGCAGCGGCGGAAUACAGACUGCGGAGAAUUACUGAUUUUGCGGCGAAACGGAUCGAAAGAGAGGCUUAUGAAAAAAAGAACAAGGAGGACCAGGACCAGCAAAGUUCAACAUCGUCGACCGAAAGGCUUCAGUGGAAUCGUCCUGCCUCAUCGUCUAUUCAGCAUGAGAGGAAUAAUCUAGUCCAGCAGGAGACGAGAAAUUUCUUCAGGAGCGGCAGGAGUUCUGCACUGCCCGACGCAAAAAUCACCUCAAAAGAACUUUUGAGCACGUCUUCAUCUGUGAUCGCGUCAAAAGAACUACUUCUGGGCACGAAGAGAAGCGUAAUAAAUGGGACGCCUGAAGAGCACCCGGGUUUGGAUGAUCUGCGCACGGAAGACUUCGAUGCAUUUGAUGCUACUGCGGCAAUUUCGUGGCAUCGUGAAAAUUUCCGUAAAUUCGCAGAGCUGGCUUCCUAUGCUGGAAGUAGUGCUUUGGCGUCCUCUCAACUACAUAGAAGUCCUGGAGGUCCGCCAACAAUCAAAGAUGAAGCAAGAAUACUGGUGGACCGCGACUGCCGACGCCCAAAAAGCGAGGAUGUCAUGAGCAGCAUUCAGCGCUCGCUACAGAACCUCCCACGCCACCGAGUUGUUCACUAACAUUUAAGCUUCAGGGAAUACAUCUUCAGUAUCAUCCUGAAAUUUUUCGCCAACGAAUAUUUACACACCUAUUCUUACAAAGUAUCACCCCGCACGAGUAUACAGACGUGACGAUGGAUUCGAACCAGUGAGCAGCAGCGUGUUGGUGCACAUGCAUGGCAAUGUUUGAUAUCUUGAGUAAGGGCACCAUGGCAAGUAAAAGGCAUUGGCACUGUAGUCAGCUGCGACAUCCAACUUGGGCUUCAGCCAACAGAGGCGGAUGAAUCCACCAGAGGAGCACUGAGAGUUAUCCCAUAGUAAAGAGACUUACUUUGUUAGAAAAUGAUGUUCUUCUCUGCAGCUAAUACAUAUGAACAUACUAUGAUUCCUCGUCGUCGAAGAGAGAACUAUUCAUGAUAGAAUUUUUUCGCUGUGCACGAGAAUUUAACCUUUUUUGCGCCGACCACUAGUAUUGUUGGGUUACGUAUUGGAUACAUGUGCAUCGACGCCAGUUUCAAAAUUCGUCUGUCCAAGUACUGCAUCUUGACUUGUUGUGGAGUAUUAUUAUCUCUGUACUGCUGCAGGCUAUCCCAACAACGCAAGACAGGCUAUAACUUCAACUCAAACUUCUACCUCUAGCUCUACAACCUAGUACAACAUAUCUGUCGUGGGAAGAUCUUGAUUUUUUUAUCAAGUAAAUCCUCAAGCGUGAAGAUGAAGAUUCAUUGAAUGAUAGAGGCAAGUACAACAAUUGACCAGAUUUAUUAAAAACAGUUUCGCAAUACAAACGGCCACAGAUGAAAGAACAGCCCUUGAUGACCGACGUUAG